UCUGGGGAGCGGAUGAGGCCCUCCCCUCACACACUUCCCAUCUCUCCGCGCGCGCCCCCGCCUUCCCGGUGAGCCUGUUUGGCGGGAAGUUGGCUUAGUUGGCCUACCUGUGGCUCAGCGGAUUCUCUGGUCCCCGCCUUGUUUUUCCCCAGAAGCUUCUCAAUCUUUCCUCGGUCAUCUCGGCAUAAGGCAUAGUACCCCUUCGCACGGAGGACGCCAUGGCUCCCAGGAAACGCCCAGAAACCCAGAAGACCCCCGAGGUGGUUGUGCGCCCCAAGAGCAAGAGGAACAGAAGCCCCCGGGAGCUGGAGCCCGAGGCCAAGAAGCUCUGUUUGAAGGGCCCCGGUCCUAGCAGAAGAUUUGACUCAGGCUGCCUUUGGGCGGGGUUGGCUAGCCUGCGGGUCCCGCCACCAUGCAGCAUCAUCAGGGCCCUCCACCAGCAUAAGCUGGGCACAGCUGCCUGGCCAUCACUACAGCAGAUUGGAGCUGGAGGGAGCAUCACUGGGCUGAAGUUUAACCCUCUCAAUACCAACCAGUUUUUCACCUCCUCAAUGGAGGGAACAACUAGGCUGCAAGACUUUAAAGGCAACACUCUCCGAGUUUUUGCCAGCUCAGGCACCUGCAACUUCUGGUUUUGCAGCCUGGAUGUGUCUGUCAAAAGCCGAGUGGUGGUCACAGGAGAUAACGUGGGGAACGUGAUCCUGCUGAACAUGGACGGCAGGGAGCUUUGGAAUCUGAGAAUGCACAAAAAGAAAGUGACCCACGUGGCCCUGAACCCGUGCUGUGAUUGGUUCCUGGCCACGGCCUCUGUAGAUCAAACAGUGAAAAUCUGGGACCUGCGCCAGGUUAGAGGGAAAUCCAGCUUCCUCUACUCGCUGCUGCACAGGCAUCCCGUCAACGCAGCUCAUUUCAGUCCCGACGGUGCCCAGCUCCUGACCACUGACCAGAAGAGUGAGAUCCGGGUUUACUCUGCCUCCCAGUGGGACUGCCCCCCAAGCCUUAUCCCACACCCUCAUCGCCACUUCCAGCACCUGACACCCAUCAAGGCAACCUGGCAUCCUCGGUACAACCUCAUUGUCGUGGGCCGAUACCCAGAUCCUAAUUUCAAAAGUUGUACCUCCCAUGAAUUAAGGACAAUCGAUGUGUUUGAUGGAAGCUCAGGAAAGAUGAUGUAUCAGCUGUAUGACCCAGAAUCUUCUGGUAUCAUGUCGGUGAGGCUUGGGCCCUCAAAUAAUAAUGGGAGGAAGCAGGGAUUCACCUUACCUUAUUGGAUCAAAAACGACCAGAAAUUAAUCCUCAUGUGCCCUUCUCCCAGUACCUUCAUUCCCUCCUCAUGCUUAUCCCCUUGUCUCUGCAGCUCAAUGAGUUCAAUCCUAUGGGGGACACACUGGCCUCUGUGAUGGGUGAGUGACUCUCAGGCUGGUGAAGCCCACCCUACUCCCCAAGGUUCAGGGCAGGCUAACCUCAGCUUAGUGCUGCUCCAUUCACCCCAGGGUCGUAGUCAGUAAAGAUGACGACCAGGGGACAGCGGGCUCUUCGGCCUAGGCCCUCCAUCCCUCUUGCUUUGUCUUGGUCACAGCAAUGCCUGGCUGCUGCCCAGUUUCCUGGUAUCUCCUUACCAAGUCCUAGGUUCCCCACGCCAGCCCCAAGUUUUCAGAGGCUGAUAAUGGACGGUGCGAGUCAGACUGGUCUCACUCCUCCUAGGUUAUCACAUUCUCAUUUGGAGCCAGGAGGAAGCUGGGAAGCGGAAAUGAGAGACAUUAAUGAAGGUGGGGGCCAAGCAAGGGCUUGGAGCCCCAUGAGAACAAGUUCUGCGAGAAGAGGCCGCUUUGUGUUAAAGGGCCAGAGGUAUCCGAGUCCUUAGGGUUGGAGCAGGGGCACUGGGACUGCGACACUGGCAUGUACUGUUCUGGACGUAGCUCCAGAAACUCCAGAGUUGGCGACCCAGCUGCCCCAAGGGUCCUUGCCGUAUCUAGCCUGGAGCCAAGCUUCUCUUUUCUCCUCUCUGACAUGCAGUGGCAGAGGAUCAGGUAGUGGUUUUCGAUUCGUGUUCACCAUUCACAAGGCCAAUAAAACCAUACCCAGCUGA